AUGUCAGUCCGCGAAUCGUCGGGUCAAAAUCUGAACCCGACUCGGAGCACGCCCGAUCGGCGCCCAAACUAUCCUGACUUUCGCGCUGGAACCCUAAACUCCGAUAUACCCCCUGAUCCUCUCCUCCGACCGGGCUCCUUCAUCGACGCCACCACCAGAACCUCCAAUGGUCAAAACGUAAAAGAAGCCCAAAAGCCCCGAAGAGCGCCUGAGCAAUCGAAAUGUGCAGAGCCAGCUACGUCCGGGUCGGGUAUGGAGAAUCCAGAUGGUGGGGCCGGGCGAGUCAAGCGAAAAGGGUUUGUGGAGCCUCUGGAGAACUGGUUGCCGCAAGGUUGGUCCGUAGAAGAAAGAGUUCGGGCCUCUGGUGCAACAGCUGGGAGUACAGAUAGGGUUGAUGACCUUUCAUCCUAUUUUGCACACACACUAAAGUGGUUAUUCUGCAAAUCUGCUCCAGGGUACGCAAUGUAG